UUUACACACAAAAAAAAGGGUCAAAACAAAUCUUUUUCAGUUUUUCUCCCAUUUCUUACCCUUUGAAUCUCUCUCUUCUCCACCAUUUCUUACAACUUCAUCCCGAAGCCAAAUCAGACCAAACACUUCCCCAACCAGACCAAACACCAAACAAUGGAAGUGAAACGUCGGACCGCUCGAACCCUCGUAGCCAAACUGAGCUCAGUUUCCGAACGGACCCGAACCGAGGCUUUGUCCGAAUUAAGGCUGAUAUCUAAACACGACCCAGAGAGCCGACCGUUGAUAGCUGAAGCAGGAGCAGUCCCUUACCUUUCUGAAACGCUUUACGGAUCUUCUCCGACUUUACAGGAAAGCGCCGCCGCUACUUUAUUGAAUCUCUCGAUUACGUCACGCUCUUCUCUCAUGUCCACGCGCGGCCUCCUCGACGCGUUGUCCCACGUGCUAAGCAAUUCGCCUUCACCCGCCGCGGUUCAGUCCACCGCCGCCACGCUCCACAGCCUGCUCAUCGCUGACGAGUCGUACCGUCCGAUAAUUGGGUCGAAACGCGAUAUUCUUUACUCGCUGCUGUCGAUUAUUACCGCCGCCAACGCGCCGCCGCGGUCAAUAAAGGAUGCGUUGAAGGCGUUGUUUGGGAUCGCGCUGUACCCGUUGAAUCGGGCGAGUUUGGUGGAUCUCGGGGCGGUUCCCGCGUUGGUGUCGUUGAUAGUUAGGGAUGCGAGGACGGGGAUCGUGGAGGAUGCCACGGCGGUGCUGGCGCAGAUUGCGGGGUGCGAAGAGAGUGAAGAAGCAAUGAGUAAGGCUGGCGGGGUUAGGGUUUUGGGUGAUUUGCUGGAUGAAGGGACUGGAGCUAGUGCAAGAAUAAGGGAAAACGCGGUGGCGGCGCUGUUGAAUUUGGCGAGAUGCGGCAGCGAGAAGGGGAGGAAAGACGUAAGAGAAAUGGGUACUAAAAUUAUGGAAGGUAUUGCUGAGGUGGCGGAGAAUGGGAGUGCUAAAGGGAAGAGUAAGGCGGUUGAUUUGUUGAAGUUUGUUGUUGAUGGAAAUGGGAAUGGUAAUGAGGUGAGGGAUUCUAGGUUUAACAAUAUUAAUGAUUUGAUGAAUCAUUCUAUAUGAAGUGUUUUGGAUUUUGAUUUUUGGCUGUAGACUUAGAGGUGAGUAUUUGUUGCGUGUUUAUAUUUGAUGCACUGAUAGUAUUUAAUUUUAUACACCAGUCAUAAGCUAUAGGUUGCCAUCUCGUCAAGAUUAAUAUCAAUCGAUGAUAAAGAUUGUAGGAAUUCUUUGAUGAGAUAACAAGUUGUUUAAUGAUGGUGUAUAGAGUUAUUCAUUAACAGUAUGAUGAAUAAAGAUUCAUUUGUUGUACAAAUUAGGGAGGUGAAUGGUGUCAUUUGGCAUAAUAUCCUUGGUGUGGAAGUCCUUUCCGGUGUAAAUUUUUAUUGUAAAUGAUCUUAGUGAUAUUCUGAUAUGUAGCUAAAAAAUGGAAAGGGAAAAUACAAGUUUAUGAUUGA